AUGUCUCUCAAUUUCGUCUGGGUGUACAUGAAAAGUUUAAGCAGUUCUACUCUAAAUAAUACAAAAGAUGACAGCAGUUAUGUACUCCCACCGGAUACGAGUUUAGAUCAAUCUAGUGAGCUGUGUACAAACAUUGAAGACGAAACGACAGAAAAUUUAGAAGAUACAGAAGACAAUGAAUCAGUUAUUGAAGAACUAAUCAAAAAGUCAAAUCCACCAAAACUUGAUGAUUUAGAAGUUCCAAGAGCUGGUGAAGAAACAAAGAAAUCCUUCUGCUGUUUUUGCUUUCAUUCUUUUGUAGUCAUUAGUCGGCAUUAUGAAGCAAUACAUAGUGAUGAAAAGGAAGUCCAACAUUUUCUGUCUUUAAAAAAAAGAUCUACUGAAAGAAUCGCAGCUAUUGAAAAGUUACGUCUUAAGGGAACGCAGCUCUUCAAUUUAAAUAAUGAUUUUAACCACGGUAGAUUACUCGUUACUCGACAACCACAAAAAACUUCGUUAGCUAACGUACAUGACUUCAAGCCAUGCCAUAAAUGUGGGCGAUGGUUACAGUAUAUCAAUCGCCAUAAAUGUCCAUAUGGUAAAGAAUCUAAUGGAGAUAGAUCAGAUCUUAUAAAGUCGAAAAUUUUAAUGGGUCAAAUUUGUAAUAAUGCAACAUCAUUAACAAGAAAAAUACUUGCAAUUAAUAAUGACGACAGUAUUUCAGAAGCAGUAAGACAAGAUCCGUUGCUGAUUACCUUUGUCAAUGAACUAUCUCAAAAAUAUACAAACCCACAUCAACACUCGAUGAUUCGUUAA